AUGGCUCUUUACCCAUUACAGUCUGUAUUACCUGUAACACAAUCACCUUAUAGAAUUCACUUUGUACCUCUAUCUACAUCUUUGUUCAUUAGUCAGGGUAAAAUUUCUCGUCCAGUUCAUUCCACCAUUAUCAAUUCCACUGAAAUUUCCAACUCCCAACCACCAAAUUCUUUUAGAAGAUCUGCAAAUUAUCAGUCAUGCAUUUGGAAUGACGAUUACAUUCAGUCAUUGAGAAACGAUUAUAAGGGAGAUUUUCAUAAUGCGCGAGCUCAUAAGCUAAUACAAGAAGUUAGCAUGAUGUUAAAGGAAAUGGUAGACGUUGGAGAGAAGUUAGAUCUUAUCGACUCCUUGCAAAGACUUGGAAUAUCUUAUCAUUUUGACAAUGAAAUAAGCACAAUUAUGAAGUGUGUAAGUAAAAAUUAUUAUAAAAAUGGGACACCGAUAAGAAAGGACUUAUAUAGUGCAGCACUUGAAUUUAGACUUCUACGACAACAUGGGUAUUAUGUAUCGCAAGAGGUGUUUAAAAAUUUUAUGGAAGAAGGAAACUUCAAGUCGUGCCUAGGUGAGGACACAUGGGGAAUGUUAAGCUUGUACGAAGCUUCAUACCUACUAAUUCAGAAUGAAGCAAUCUUAGAUGAGGCUCAAAAUUUCACAAUCGAACAUCUUAAAAAAUAUAUAAAAAAAGAGAAUGAAAUUAAUGAAUAUCUUAAAAUGCUAGUGGAACAUGCGCUGGAGCUUCCUUUACAUUGGAGAAUGCAAAGAGUUGAAGCUAGAUGGUUCAUUGAUGCUUAUAAGAAGAAAUUGAACAUGAACUCGAUUGUACUCGAGCUUGCUAAACUAGAUUUUAACAUAGUGCAGGCUACGUACCAAGAAGAACUAAAGCAUGGAUCAAGAUGGUGGACAAAUAUGAACUUCCACAAAAAAUUACACUUUGCAAGGGAUAGAUUGAUGGAGAAUUUUCUUUGGACUGUUGGUAUUAUGUAUGAGGCUCAAAUUGGAUACUACAGACAGAUAACAACAAAGAUUAUCUCAUUGAUAACAAUAGCUGAUGAUAUGUAUGACGUAUACGGUACUUUAGAUGAACUCAAACUCUUCACAAAAGUCAUAAAAAGAUGGGAUAUCAAUGCAAUUGGACAACUUUCGGAGUAUACGAAGAUAUUUUUUGUGGCUUUAUAUAAUACCAUCAACGAAAUAGCAUUUAAUGUCCUCAAAGAACAAGAAAUUAAUAUUGUUCCACAAUUAAAGCAAUUGAUUUCUGUGAAUCAGAAUUACUGGAAGCAAGAUGGUACCACGAGCAGUACAUACCAUCUUUAGAAGAAUAUCUUGAAAAUGCAUGGGUGUCUAUUUCUGGACCUGUUGUACUAAUGCAUAUUCACAUUCUCAUGGAAGCAAUUGCAAAGGGAGAAUCACAAUCCAUAGUUCGCUAUCCAAAAAUUAUUCGUUUGUCAUCGAUUAUUUUUCGGCUUGUGGAUGAUCUGGCAACAUCAUCGGCUGAGCUAAAAAGGGGAGAUGUUUCAAAAUCAAUUCAAUGCUAUAUGCAUGAAGCUAAAGUCUCGGAAGAAGAUGCACGUGAACACAUAAAAUACUUGAUAAAAGAAACAUGGAAGAUGAUGAAUGAAGAACGAAUAACAAACAAGCUCAUGUCGAAGAAUCUUUUUGAAAUUUCAAUGAAUAUUGCUCGGAUGGCGCAAUGCAUUUAUCUGCAUGGAGAUGGAUUUGGUGUUUCAGAUGGGGAAACUAAAGAUCAUGUAUUAUCUUUAAUUGUUCAACCUGUUCCUGAUGUCUAGAUGUUUACUUUUAAUGUAAUGUUUGGCUCACUUACAAUGAGCAUAUUAUGAAAAUUUCUGAGUUUCCCGACUUGUCAA